GCUAUGGAAACCUUUUUCAAAAAGCACUUCAGGAAGAAGAAAGUGUCAUCAGGGUCCCUGCGUAGCAGUGUGGUGGCCCUGCCUGCCAGCAAAGCAAGGCGGCGCUCUGUUGCGGGCCAGGCCUCUGCCCUGCUAGCACAACGCCGGCGCAGAUCCAGUGCCCAGCUACAAUGUCUGUCAUGCUUGGGCUCCCGGCGCAAGCCAAGGCUGAAUGCCCGAAGGCGAUCCAGCACCACUGCCCCGCAUCUCAGCCCUAGAUUUUCUGUCCAGAAGAAGCGUGGGGGCCAAGUGCACACCAUAGACACUCAUCUUUUAGGCCCCUCCGUGCUGCUGGCCAGCCUCAUCCAAGUGUGUGAGGAAGAGGAAAGGAGGCAGUCACCUUGUACUGAAAGCUCCAGCCCGGAAACUCCUGAGGACGGGCUAGAGGAGAGUGACCAGAGUGAGGAGGCGGCCUCCUCAGGCUCUGAAGGAGCUAGCUUGGCAGCAGAGCAGGAGAGGAAGGAGCUGCAGAGAGAGCUUUCACUGUGCACCUGCCGCCCCUUGCAGAACUCCACUGGCCUGAGGCCUCUCCUCCGAGGCCCUCGCUGCCUGCGCCGCAGCUCCUCCCACCUCCUACCUGCAGAGUUUGUACACAGCAGCGCAGCCUGUGGGCUUCAAGGCCGCUACAGAUGUUUGAGCCAACGGCGGCGCUCAAGUGAAACUCCCAAGCCGGGCGCUUUACUCCAGCCUGUCAGAAUGCGGAGAGCGGCCAGGAGGUGGAAGGUGCCUGCCGGGACCAGGUGGCUGUCGGCAACCGCGCACACGUUCCUGGGAAAGGAUGCUGCCCAUAGUGGCUGUCGCACUGACUUCUCUGAAGGCUGCAGUGCCCAACUGCCAAAAGCUAUUGCCAAAUCUGGUCUUCAGCAUAUGGUAGCCCAACCAAUCCCCACGCUUGCCCUGAGAAGGGACUCAGAGAGGGAAAUUCGCAGUACUGUCGACUGGAGUGAAGCUUCAAUUUAUGGAGAACACAUCUGGUUUGAAACCAAUGUCUCCGGGGACUUCUGCUAUGUAGGAGAACAAAACUGUAUACAAAAAAUGCUGCAAAAACCGAUGUCCAAGCGUAAGUGUGCAGCCUGCAAGAUUGUAGUCCACACGGCCUGCAUAGAACAGCUAGAGAAAAUCAAUUUCCGUUGUAAACCUUCCUUCAGGGAAUCUGGAUCAAGGAAUGCCCGAGAGCCUACAGUGGUGCGGCAUCAUUGGGUGCACCGAAGACGCCAGGAAGGGAAAUGCCGACAGUGUGGGAAGGGUUUCCAGCAGAAGUUCGCCUUUCACAGCAAGGAGAUUGUAGCCAUCAGCUGUUCCUGGUGUAAGCAAGCAUAUCACAGUAAAGUUUCAUGCUUCAUGCUGCAGCACAUUGAGGAGCCCUGCUCUCUUGGAGCACAUGCCGCAGUUGUUGUCCCCCCCACCUGGAUCCUGCGGGUCCGGCACCCGCAAAAUCCACUGAAGUCAAGUAAGAAAAAAAAGAGGACCUCGUUCAAGCGGAAGUCCAGCAAGAAGGGACCUGAGGAAGGGCGAUGGAAACCCUUUGUCAUCAAACCCAUCCCAGCACCACUCAUGAAGCCACUGUUGGUGUUUGUGAACCCCAAGAGCGGUGGAAAUCAGGGAACAAAGAUCUUCCAGUCAUUCAUGUGGUACCUCAACCCUCGACAAGUUUUUGAUCUCAGCCAAGGGGGCCCCAAAGAGGCGUUGGAGAUGUACCGUAAAGUGCAUAACUUACGGAUUCUGGCAUGUGGGGGAGAUGGUACGGUGGGAUGGAUUCUCUCCAUCCUGGACCAGUUACGCCUGAAUCCUCCACCGCCUGUGGCCAUUCUUCCCCUGGGGACAGGAAAUGACCUGGCAAGAACAUUGAACUGGGGUGGGGGUUACACGGAUGAACCUCUUUCAAAGAUCCUAUCGCAUGUGGAGGAGGGGGAGAUUGUGCAGCUUGACCGCUGGAAUCUACAUGUGGAGCCAAACCUUGAAGAAUACCCUGAAGAGAAGGAUGAGACAGCUACAGACAAACUCCCUCUUGAUGUCUUCAACAAUUACUUCAGUCUUGGCUUUGAUGCUCGAGUGACGCUAGAAUUCCAUGAAUCCCGAGAGGCCAAUCCAGAGAAAUUUAACAGCCGAUUUCGGAAUAAAAUGUUCUAUGCUGGGACAGCAUUCUCUGACUUCCUCAUGGGGAGCUCCAAAGACUUAGCAAAACACAUCAAAGUGGUGUGUGAUGGAACAGACUUGACCCCUAAGAUCCAAGAUCUGAAGCCCCAAUGCCUAGUCUUCCUGAACAUUCCAAGGUACUGUGCAGGCACUAUGCCUUGGGGCAACCCCGGGGAACACCAUGACUUUGAGCCACAGCGCCAUGACGAUGGUUGUCUUGAGGUCAUUGGCUUCACCAUGACAUCCCUGGCAGCAUUGCAGGUGGGUGGCCAUGGAGAGCGGUUGAACCAGUGCCGGGAGGUGGUGCUCACCACAUCUAAGGCAAUCCCCAUGCAAGUGGAUGGAGAGCCCUGUAAGCUGGGGCCCUCCUGCAUUCGCAUUUCCCUGCGCAACCAGGCCAACAUGGUGCAGAAGACCAAGCGGCGCAACUCUAUGCCCCAAUUUAACGAACAGCACCCAGUCCCAGAGCGGCUACGAAUCCGUGUCAGCCGAAUUGGCAUGCAUGACUACGAGGCCCUUCACUACGACAAAGAGAAGCUCAAGGAGGCCUCGGUGCCUAUGGGAAUUAUUGUCGUGCCUGGAGAUAGUGACUUGGAGAUGUGCCGAACUCACAUUGAGAGGCUGCAAGAGGAAGGGGAUGGAGCCAAACCAAAGACACUGUCAUGCCAGAAGCUGUCCCCCAAGUGGUGUUUCUUGGACUCAACUACAGCAGAUCGUUUUUACAGAAUAGACCGUGCACAGGAACAUCUGAACUACGUGACGGAGAUCUCUCAGGAUGAGCUCUUCGUGUUGGACCCUGAGCUGGUGCUCACCCAGACAGUGGGCACCUCUCCUGCCAUGCCCGACCUUGUUGAUGUGCCCUCAACACCCACACUGCAACACCUUGCUGUCCCAACUUUGUCACCAUCUACACCAGUCUCCAGCUCAGAAAUGGGGAGCUGCCACCCCCUCAAAGAUGAUGCUUUGAUAGAUGCUGCCAAGAAUAACGAUUUCCUCAAGUUCAGAGAAAUACAUCAGGCUGGAAGUAGCUUGAUGGUGCGAGAUCACACAGGCCAAACUGUCCUGCAUCAUGCAGUCAAAUCAGGGAGCAAGGAGAUUGUCAAAUACAUAAUUGAAAAUGCUCCUGCAGAGAUUCUGGACACGGCAGAAGAAGAGAAUGGUGAGACCAGUUUGCACCUGGCUGCAGGCCUUCGCCAGCGCACCAUCUGCCAUUACAUUGUGGAGGCUGGGGCCUCCCUGAUGAAAACAGACCUGCAGGGAGAUACACCCAAGCACAGAGCCGAGAAGGCAAAUGAUCCUGACCUGGCUGCCUACCUCGAAAACCGACAGCACUAUCAGAUGAUCCAGCGGGAGGAUCAGGAAACUGCGGUGUAGCACUGAGCGUGCCUUAUCCCUGCCUAGGGGAGCAGGAGCAGAGUGGCACAGGAGCCAGGCUGGCCUUUCCUUGAAUAUCCAGCACGGGGACAAUCAAGAGUUACAUUUGGUCUUGGCCAUGGCACUGUUAUUUAUUAGUGUAGUGGGUGUUGAGCAAUGCUGACUCUGUGUCCCCACCACCACAUUCCAUGGAUGGACUCUGCUGCUGAACGUUCCCUCCUCACUUCCUGACUCUGGGUCAUACAGAGGGCCGCUUCUGUUCCCUUAAAGCGUUGGGAAAGAAGAUCUUACUCU